AUGACCACACAAACAGACCCUCUACGCGACAUCAUCAUAAAGGAGUUUAUGGAAGCCGGAUACACCGACGAGGACAUCCAAGCUGUUCUCGCGCAACAAGAAGCCCUCCGACAUAGCGAAGACGAGGACGGCGACAAGGCUAAGGUCGACCAAUAUCGCAGGCCCACAUGGAUCAAAGUCCACACGAAACACAUGUCGCCAACGACAUUGGACGCGUAUCAUCUCCCGUGGGAGUAUGACCCGAUCGACGAAAACUACGUGCUCAUCAAGAAGUGGAUUAGCCUGGAAUUUCAAGAGGAGCUAUUUGCGCAUACGAGGCAGUCGCAGCAGGCCAGCGGAGGACAAUUGAGGGCCACGCAUGGUGCCAUUGAGCCGAAGCUGGCGGCGGUUGCGGAGCUGAAGGUCCAUGACAGAUUCAAGCGGCCACUUGCCGCAAAGAGGAUUCGAAAUGGGAAGGACUGGGUAUAUAGGUGA